CAACGACAUGCUGACUGCAGUGGGGUUUGAACCUUUGACCCCAUGAUCCGAACACCAACGCACAACCAAUUGCGCCACGCGCCUCCUUGUUAUUAUUCCCUACAUUUUAUUUUUAGCACAAUGACACAUUUUCUAAAAUCUGACACACCCCAUAAAGUGAAUGUGUUGAAGGCUCUGUUUCCUGUAAAGCUUUCCCUCAGAAGUCAGCCUUUCAUAAUGACUGCUCACACUCAGAGACAGUGACCUCGCACACAAAGCUAAACAAUGGUCUAUUAUCUAAAAUGGAAAUCAAAAAAAGUGUUUCCUUGUUAAGCUGACAUGUUAGCCAUCACUUUUAUUCCUCAUGCUUUUCUUCUCUGUCAGCAUGUGUUCACUUAUGCAACAGUGACAGGCAGCCGCCCCCCCACAGUCGACCUUGAGAGUGUCAACACUUUGACUCAGUAUUACUGCAGGUCAUUUUGUUGUGUCGUUCGAACACCACAACCACUGCAGGAGUUUACGGGCUUGUUAAUAAGUAUCAAACACAAGCAGGUCUAUGAAGCAGUGUGUUUCCAGUGGGGCCCUCAGAUGUGUCUGUUCGAGAUGAGGAGCCCGGCCUCUCUGCUGUCUCUCUGGCUCUGGCUAAACACUGGCAUCAAUGCGGCUGGUGAGUGACACAGAUACUGAACAGGGGAGCAGAUCUUUAAGGAUCCUUCCUGUCCCAGGACUCUGGACUGAGCGUAUGACGCCUGAACAGAUUUCCUCCUGUGUGUCAGGUUCGAAGUGUGGGGUUCCUGCUCCUGGGAGCCGGAUGGGGCCCUCCCUCAGGGUGGUUGGAGGGGCCCAGGCUACAUACGGAUCACAUCCAUGGCUGGUGUCCCUGCAGUACAGGGGCUCUCACUUCUGUGGGGGGGCCAUCCUGACUGAGCACUGGAUACUGACCGCUGCACACUGCUUGGCUUCACACUCAAAAGAGUUCCUCAGCGGAGUGAGAGUGCUGGUGGGAGAGUUCGACCAGAGAGUAGAUGAUGAAGAGAAGCAGGCCUUCCUCAUCAAGUCUGCCUCAGUCCACGAGAAGUACCAUCACGCUUUGCCUAUGAACUAUGACAUAGCUCUGAUGGAGUUGGAUCAGCACAUUGUACUGGGAACCCAUGUUCAGCCAAUAUGUCUGCCUUUGGCCGAUGACAGCAUCCAACCGGGAACCAGUUGCAUCAUGGGUGGAUGGGGCCGGAUGAAGGAAAAGGGCCGUGUUCCUGCGGUGCUGAGAGAGGUCAAGUUAGACCUGGUGGAUCCGGCCAAAUGUCAAUAUGUCCUCCACACUGUCAGGAGCUCAACUCGUCCCCAGAGACCAGCCCGGCCUCAGCCUGCCAUGACCGUUCUGUGUGCCGGGCCAGAGGGGGGGGGGAGAGACGCCUGCCAGGGGGACUCGGGGGGGCCUUUGGUUUGCCCUGCAGGUUCAGGCGAGGGCCGCUGGGUAGCACUGGGUGUGACUUCCUGGGGGAAGGGAUGCGGUCGGAGCUGGGGAAAGAACAGCAGCCGCCCCCCCGCCAGGAGAGGAUCUCCGGGGGUUUUCACUGAUGUCAGGCUGCUGCUGCCCUGGAUCAAGAGUAAACUGAGACAGGGUGGGUUAGGAUCAGGUAAUAAUAAAACUCUGAUUGUCUCUCAAAAGUCUGAAUAGAGAGCGACCAAUUGGAUCAAUAUACUUUCUACACAAGUGUAUCUACAUUCUAUGGUGUUUAUGAUACAUUAGAUACGGCAUCACAUGGUCACAUUCUGGUUGGAAUAAACUCAUUCUCAAUAACUAUAAUGUGUACACGUCUCUCCGAUAACACUUCAAAUAUAUUGAGUGUCUGAGGGCUGCUGGGGUUAGCGGCAGGCUAAAGACAGAGCCAGUGUUUGAGUCUGCUGUCCUCCUGUCUGACAGCUGGCUUCACAGGACUGUCCUUCUGAUGAACUACUCUUGAAACUUGGUGGUGGAAACAAACUGUAAACAAAACAAUGCCAUAACACUGAUGAAGAGAAGUACAGUAAGCUUGUCAGCAAACAUUCUCAAUCUCAUUUACCUCUAUAUGUUUGUAUUCAUUUGGAGCUGAGUGUCUGGCCACCUGGUGAGUGUGACUCUAUAUCUCUGCACUGAGAUCUGUAUGUUUGUCGUGGGUCUCUGCCUGAAAGCAUGGUUUAUUUUCGUGGUGAUAGUGAACCAAAACUAUAGAGUUACUUACAGUUAAAGCAAAUCAUGAGCCAAAAACCUCCUCAGGAGAAAUGGCUGAGGGAGGUAAAAUAUCUAUUUCAGUUUGUCACUACAAAUACUCAACAUAUAUAUAUGGGCCGGGACUUUAACGCGUUAAUUAAGAUUAAUUAAUUACACAAAAAUUAACGCGUUAA